AUGGCUGCAGACGAUCAAGAUCGACCCUGGAGCUUUGAUGUCAGUUCACUUAUGAUUUUGAUAAGUGAGGAUGAGGAAAUCAAUUAUCGUCUGAGUCAAAGAUCCCUUGUCCAGUGUUUGGUAGCCACUCCCGUUGUGGGCUUGCAAAGCUACUUGCGCAACUACAAUUUUCUCUCGGAAACUGCUUCUCUGGUCUACUUCUUACCAUACGGGGUCAAUGCGGCACAAUUGGGAAAUAUGAGACUCCACCACGCUAUCCGCUAUGGCAAGCUUCUCAAAGACGGAACAUAUACUGUCUUGAAAAUUCCAGCUUGGGAUCACAGCCACUCGAUCUCUGCCACAAGACGGAUAUGUCCUGCCCACGUACUCCUCGUAAUCUGGACGAUGUUUACAUGGAUUUUCUUGGCGGGUGUGUUGGUAUUCCUCAAUAUGGUGAAAGGGAUAACCUGGAUUGGCAUCAGCACUUGCACCAGUUUCAUAGGGUGGUCAAUCAUUCUCAGGCUGGUGGAGUACCUCAAUAUUGAGCAUUCUCCCAGCGACAUGAGUAGCGUGGCGGAGCCGAACGCACGCGACGCUGCUUUCAUCAUAGGCCGGGCAAACUCGGCCGUCGUACUCGAAGGCAGUCGAAGAGACAUCAGAGACUGGACCGCUCAGGGGCCCACUUACAAAUCCAAGCCUUGGGGCGUGUCGGCUGUGGUCUGGCAGGCUGCGACUCGCACGGGAACAGUUUUCAUGCUUCUCGCCAUCUUUUGCCUAGUGCCCAACGGGAGUACCAUGGAUCAAGUAGCCUUCAUCAUAAUCAAUUUUCUGGCUCAGGUCAACGUCGUUGCUGGGCAGCGCCUGAACAGUCGGUGCUACCUCAGUCAACUUGAGCAAUUGGACCAAUACGACAUGCCUACACGUACACAUGUCUAUGCUGCCCUCAUCACACGCUAUAAGGAAUUGGUGGAUAAGAAUAAGGACUGGGUUCGUGCCUUGGGAAUUCUACCACAGACUGACGAAUGGAAUGAGUGGAAGGACCUAAUCCUGUCUGGCUCCAACCGAGACCCAAAGGAGUUGUACAAAUCCUUACUACACAAACCAAAAGCGAAGACAACAAAUUCCCCAUAA